AUGUACCUUGGCGUUAGUGAGAACAAUUUUGGUGGCCGCAUCCCUAAAGAUUUAAGAGACUGUACAAGCUUAAUCAGAGUUUGCCUUCAAAAAAACCAGUUCAUUGGAAAUAUUUCUGAAGAUUUCGGCAUCUAUCCAAAUCUGAAUUUCAUAGAUCUUAGCCGCAACAAAUUUCAUGGUGAAAUCUCAUCUACUUGGGGAAAGUGCUCACAGUUAGGCACUAUAAAUAUAUCAGGGAAUAACAUUUCUGGGAGCAUCCUGCCUGAGAUUCAGAACUCAAUCGAACUACAUGUACUUGACUUUUCUUCAAAUCAUUUAAUUGGAGAGAUUUCAAUGCAACUUGGAAAGUUGACUUCUCUUAACAAGAUUAUUUUAACUAGGAAUCAACUUGCUGGAGGCAUACCUCGUGAAGUUGGCUUACUCAAAGAACUUGAGUACCUUGACUUGUCCAAAAAUAGAUUAAGCAAGUCAAUCCUAGGAGAUUUAGGGUACUUGUCAAAAUUGCACUACUUGAAUUUGCGAAACAAUCAAUUUAACCUCAAAAUUCCGUUCCAAUUGGGGAAUUUGUUUCAAUUGUCAGAACUUGAUUUGAGUCAUAACUUGCUCAAAGGAGAGAUACCAUCACAAAUAUGUAAUUUGGAGAGCUUGGAAUAUCUAAAUCUUUCCUACAAUAAACUUUCUGGCCUAAUUCCAACUUGUUUUGAAGAUAUGCAUGGCUUGUCAAGUAUUGACAUAUCUUAUAAUGAGUUACAAGGUCCAAUUCCCAACAACAGAGCAUUCCGAGAUGCUCCCAUUGAAGCAUUACAAGGGAAUAAAGGAUUGUGUUGUAAUGCUAGUGGAUUGACACCUUGUAAGGUUCUCAUAUCACACAAAAACGUUGUAGAAAAGAGGUUGGUAAUCUCCUUUCUUGUUUCAGGAGCACUUGUUCUUUUAAUUGUGUUGACUUUUAUGUCCUUUUGUUUCCAAAGAAAAAAACAAGAGUUAACAAAACAAUGUAGAAGCGUGAACAAGGAUGAAUUUCUUUCAAUAUUAACUUUUGAUGGAAAAAUAAUGUACGAAGAAAUCGCAAGUGCAACAGAGAAUUUUGAUGCCAAGCAUUGCAUUGGUAGGGGUGGAUUUGGAAGUGUUUACAGAGCACAGCUUAAGUCAGGGACUAUUUUGGCGAUAAAGAAAUUUCACUCCCUUCAGCUUGAUGAGAUAGAAGACCAAAAAGAGUUUUUAAAUGAAAUAAGGGCAUUAACAGAGGUACGACAUCGAAACAUUGUGAAUUUUUUUGGUCUUUGUGUACAUUCUCGAGACUCUUUUUUAGUUUAUGAGUAUCUUGAAAGAGGUAGCUUGGCCACAUUCUUGAGUAAUGAAGCCACAGCAAGAGAAUUGGAAUGGGGUAAGAGAGUAAAUAUUUUGAAAGGGGUGUGUAAUGCCUUGUCCUACAUAGACCACGAUUGCUUCCCACCAAUAGUCCAUCGAGACAUAUCAAGCAAAAAUGUGUUGUUGGAUUCAAAAUAUGAACCUCAUGUUUCAGACUUUGGAAUUGCCAAAUUUCUUAACCCAGACUCAUCCAAUUGGACACAUGCAGGACAUACGGAUAAUUGCAACAGGAUAUAUAAUUCAUUUGUAAUUGACUUGAUUGUUUUGUUACUUACAUAA